UCCCCUGCCUCAGUCACUGCUCGGCACUUGACUGGAGCACACGCGCCCCGUUGCUGCGGAAUUUGGAAAGGUCAUGUGAGCAGUUGUCAAAUUUACGGAUUUAUAAAGGUGGUCCUCUUCUUUGGAAAUCUGUUGCAUCCGAUGAUGAGCGAGGAAAGGAACUAACAAGAUCGUCUUCAACCAAAAAGAAAUAAAAAAAAAAUACAGAUAAAAAAAAAAAACACGAUGGUAGGAGGAAGCAGAACAAGCAUAACAGCCUUUCUCAUUCUGGCUCUUUUGAUAAGUUCUUCACAUGCCGGCAAGAUCCUGGUCCUUCACCCUAUGUACGCGGCCUCACACGUGCUCACUCUCAGAGCGCUGGCCAAAGGGAUGGUCGCGAGGGGACAUGAGGUCACGGUGUUGCGCUGGAAAGACACCCACCAUUACCCAGACGCCAACCAUCCGGGUAUCAAAGAACACGUGCUCGCCAUCAACAACACGGACGGAACCAUCCCACGCCUGACUGUGGAGGAACGGGCCAGCUUCGAGAUGCCCCAAGAGCUAAUGUGGCGCAAGGGGACGUCGUGGACAGCCCUUCCCGUAGAUACGUUCUUGACGGUCAGCGCUUUCUGCAGGAGUCUGCUGGAGCGGGAGCAGCUGAGGGAGGAACUACGUAGAGAGCAGUACGAUAUUGCUAUUGUCGAUAUCUUGUAUAACGAAUGCAGUCUUGCUCUUGCACAUGAUCUAGGUCUCCCAAGUAUUGGAUACUGGGCGUUCACCUUCGCCGGAGGGGAACCCCAGUACACAACAGCGUUCAGUGCCCCGUCCUCCGUACCUCUGAUCCUCUCCCACUGUCCAGAAGUCAUGACCUUCUGGGAAAGACUCUGGAACCAUUUCGUCGCAUUCUGCAGUCAUGUUGUGAUGCAGACCCAGUUCGCAGUAACAGGCCACCAGAUCCGCAAGUACCUGCCCUCGUGCCCAUGUCCGGCUGACCUGCUGUCCAACCUGUCCGGGAUGCUGAUCAACUCCCACCCGGCAGUGGACAAUCCUCGCCUCCUUCCGCCGAGUUUUAUCAACGUGGGUGGAAUGCAGAUCCGGCCGCCACAACCACUGCCGCAGGACCUCGAGGACUUCAUAUCGGGCUCCGGGGAAGCUGGCGUCAUUCUGUUCACGAUGGGGUUCAUCUUCAACCCGAAGACCGUCCCGUUCAGUGUUAUCCAGGCCUUCAUGGGCGCGUUUGGCAGACUCAAGCAGAGGGUUCUUGUGAAACUGGAGGGAACAUACGAACACACGCCACCCAAUGUGAAGGUCAUGGACUGGCUUCCUCAACAAGAUAUUUUAGCUCACAAGAAGACAGUGUUAUUCUUCACCCACUGCGGCAUGCACGGUGUCCUUGAAGCGCUUCACUACGGAGUCCCGAUGGUCGGAAUGCCUGUCUUCGCUGACCAACAAGACGUCCUCAUAAGACUGCAAGAGCGAGGAGUUGCCAAGGGCGUCCAUAAGGAAGCCAGCGAAGAAGAGAUAUUCCAAGCUAUUAAUGACGUUCUGCAGGACUCUAGAUAUCGCCAGAAUGCCCUCCGAUUGUCACGGAUAUUACGCGACCAGCUGCAGUCACCCCAAGACCACGCUUUAUGGCUGGUGGAACACGUCAUGAACACGAAGGGCGCAGACCAUCUGAAGACGGCCGCCAGACACCUCAAUUUUGUCCAGUUCUUUGGCAUAGACAUUCUGGCUUUUAUUAUACUGGUUAAUUAUAUAUUUUGGCGAUAUAUGACACCUUUGCUCAAACGCAUGUUGCAUUUAUUCAGGAAGAAGGUCAAGUCUGACUGAAUCUGAUCUUAGGUGUGGUUAAAGUUGUGCUUUAAUUAUUGUGUACUUUUUAAGGAAGUUGUUAUUGACCUUGUAAUGCUAUAAGAUAGAGGAUCCAAAGACUGUUAUGAAUAUUUUGUAUGUCAGAAAUGAAGUCGGUGCAAAAAUUGUAAAUAUAUUUUGUAUAAUAAUUUUAUUUGUUUUCACUACUGUUACAACUGUCAUGUUUACCGUAUUUAUUUUUACAAAUUAUGACAGAAGUAGCAUUAUCAUCAUAAUCAUAUCAUCAUUACUAUUAUCAUCGCCAUCAUUAAUAUCAACAUUACUAUUACAUUCAUAUCAUCAUAAUGACAACCUUGAUUUUUUUUUACUGUUACCAUUAUCGUUGACGUUUUUAUUAUUCUAACCUUGUUGUUUUUAUCAUCAUUAAAUACUCAUUAUACAAAAAGUCGUUCUUGUCAAUACAACGGUACAAUGCCCUUGAUAUGAGGUAUACAAAAUGCGUCUGGAACAAAUAUGCUACGAUACACGGAGCUCGCAGCCAUACUGUGUUGAAGUAAAUUACUAAUUGAAUAAACGUAAAAAACAGA